AUGAAGCUGUCUUUCUCUAUUGCCCUCGCCUCGGCCAUCGCGGCUCUCGCUGCUCCGGCUCCUCUACCUGCACCGCCCGGGAUCCCAUCCGAAGACACGGCGAGAACCCAGCUCGCCGGCCUCACAGUCGCCGUUGUUGGUUCUGGCACGGGCUACUCCCGCGACUUGUUUCCUACCUGGGAUGCCAUCUCCGGCAACUGCAAUGCUCGCGAGUACGUGUUGAAGCGAGAUGGCGAGGGCGUCCAGGUCAACAAUGCCUGCGAGGCCCAGUCUGGGAGCUGGAUCAGCCCCUAUGACAAUGCCAGUUUCACAAACGCGUCCAGCCUGGACAUUGACCACAUGGUGCCUCUGAAGAAUGCCUGGAUUUCCGGCGCCUCAACCUGGACCACCGCCCAGCGCGAGGCCCUCGCCAACGACGUCUCCCGCCCGCAGCUCUGGGCCGUCUCCGCGAGCUCCAACCGCUCCAAGGGCGACCGCAGCCCCGACCAGUGGAAGCCCCCGCUGACCAGCUUCUACUGCACGUACGCCAAGUCGUGGAUUGACGUCAAGAGCUAUUACAAGUUGACUAUUACGAGCGCGGAGAAGACGGCGCUGAGCAGCAUGUUGGAUACCUGCUAG